AUGAUUGACGCCGAGAUGGUAAUUCCUGAUAAGGACGAGUCCGAUACGCGAACCAUGAAGGACGUAGUGAACCCGUUGGAAGAACCCCAGGAGGAGGAUCUGUACAUAAAAUACAAAAAACUGCUGAAGAUGCUCGAGUUCUUAGUGGUUCAGGAGGAGUACAUCAAGGAUGAGCAGCGUAAUCUGAAGAAGGAAUAUCUGCACGCGCAGGAAGAAGUAAAACGCAUCCAGUCGGUUCCGCUCGUAAUUGGUCAGUUCCUGGAAGCGGUCGACCAAAACACCGGUAUCGUUGGCUCGACGACGGGUUCCAACUACUAUGUUCGCAUUCUGUCCACCAUCGACCGGGAGUUGCUGAAACCAUCGGCUAGCGUCGCCCUGCACAAACACAGUAAUGCGCUGGUGGAUGUUCUGCCACCGGAAGCAGAUAGUUCAAUUUCCAUGCUCAAUGCGGACGAGAAGCCGGAUGUACAGUAUUCCGACAUCGGCGGUAUGGAUAUGCAGAAGCAAGAAAUUCGCGAAGCGGUCGAACUGCCGCUAACACAUUUCGAACUGUACAAGCAAAUCGGUAUUGAUCCUCCGCGGGGUGUGCUCAUGUACGGACCACCCGGAUGCGGUAAGACAAUGCUGGCCAAGGCUGUCGCCCAUCAUACAACGGCUGCUUUCAUUCGUGUGGUUGGUUCCGAGUUUGUGCAAAAGUAUCUCGGCGAGGGACCCCGUAUGGUGCGUGAUGUGUUCCGUCUGGCGAAGGAAAACUCACCGGCCAUCAUCUUCAUCGACGAAAUCGAUGCCAUCGCUACGAAACGUUUCGAUGCCCAGACCGGUGCUGAUCGGGAGGUACAGCGUAUCCUGCUCGAGCUGCUCAACCAGAUGGAUGGAUUCGAUCAAACCACCAAUGUGAAGGUCAUCAUGGCAACGAACCGUGCCGAUACGCUCGAUCCUGCCCUGCUGCGUCCGGGUCGACUCGAUCGAAAGAUUGAAUUCCCGCUGCCGGAUCGACGACAGAAGCGACUGAUCUUCUCCACCAUUACCGCCAAGAUGAAUCUAUCCGAGGACGUCGAUCUGGAAGAUUUCGUUGCCCGGCCGGACAAAAUUUCCGGUGCCGACAUUAACGCUAUCUGCCAGGAGGCGGGCAUGCACGCGGUACGUGAAAAUCGUUACAUUGUGCUAGCGAAGGACUUUGAAAAGGGAUACAAAAACAAUAUCAAAAAGGAUGAAACGGAGCACGAGUUCUACAAGUAG